AUGGCCAUAUUACAUAUUUUUUACUCCAUUUUUUAUAGAUUAAACUUUACAAUUAAAUGGAAAUAUUAUUACAAGGACAGAAAAGUUCCCAGGAAAAUAAGUGAAAAGGAUUAGGAAUAUAAAACAUAAUUGAUAUUAGGAAUCAGUAAGACUAGAUGGAAGACUGUGUAUUAGUCAAUCGAUAGCUUUGGAUACCUGAAAAUAGGAAGCAUUUGA